AAUCACACCCUACGCCGUCGGCCGAGGAUCCGGACCCGGACCCGGACUCCAUGUCGCCUGACCACACUGUCACCACCAUGAGGGCCCACAUGCAGUGCAUCCAGGACUAGCAUUCAACGCUCCACGUGUCGGGGACAGAACUGUAAUUGGCCCUGUCGCAGGGCUCUCAGGGAGCCAGGCUGCCAGGGUACUUGGCCGCUGCGCUCCUCCACUCCCCUAUUCCCCACAUCACUCCGCUUUUGCGGCCGCUUGUGGCGGUGCCUUCCACGGGGCUGCGGCUGCGCUCCGCCGGAGCGAGCAAAUAUCCUUGCCCCCACGAGACCCUCGCACAGUCGCACCUCUCCGACGUGACCGGCGCCGUAGAACCACCGGGUCUUCCCUUGUGCUACCGUGUUGGCCCAGGGAUUAUUCAAGAACAUGGAGAGAAAGAGAAACCCCAUUGUCUUUCUGGAUGUAUCUGUAGGUGAUGAGCCAGAUGAAAGAAUGAUCUUUGAGUUGUUCGCUGAUGUUGCACCCCUUGUGACUGAGAACUUCAGAGCUUUAUGCACAGGUGAGCUGGGAAUUGGACACAAGACUAAGAAGCCAUUAUGUUACAAGGGAUCAUCGUUCCACCGUGUCAUCGAAGGGUUCAUGGCACAAGGAGGUGACAUUGCGAAAGGAAAUGGGUCUGGUGGAGAAAACAUAUAUAGUGGAAAAUCUGCAGAUGAAACUUGUGUUCUACCUCAUGAUGAUCGUGGUCUCUUGACAACAGCAGAUACUGGAUCCAAAGCUAGUGGCUCCCAGUUCUGCAUUACUUUCAAGCCUAAUUCUCAUCUUGACAGGAAGCACACAGUUUUUGGCAAGCUUGUUGUUGGAAGUGAUGUUCUGAAGAGAAUCGAGCAAGUAGAUGUGCAAUCCCCUGAUUCAACUCCUGUUGUUCCGGUUACUAUAGUAAAUUGUGGGGAGCUCACUGACCGUAAAGAUAUUGGAUCUAUGAGAAUAGGAAUUGAUAAAAAGAGGGCCGCCAAAUCAAAGUUGUCAAAGGGUAUAUCUUCUGAUGAGGAAAGUAAUGAAGGACAGCACAAGGGCCGCCGUAACAAAUCUUCAAAAAGGAGAAGGAAGAAGAGAUAUUUUUAUUCGGAGUCAGAUAGCUCUUCUGAGUCGGAGACUGAAUCAUCUGAUUCUGAGAGCGAUUCUGAUACUUACUCAAGUGACUCAUCUGAUGUCAGCAGUUCAAGUGAUGACAGGCGAAGGCGCAGAAAGAGACAUUCGAAGAAAAAUAAACGCAAGCGUUCAAGAAGAAAGCAUGACCAAAGGCGUGAAAGAAGGCGUAGGAAGCGUGAUAGGAAAUCAAAACAGAAGUCAAAAAGCAGGAUAAAGGGUGACAGUGAAGCUGAAAGUUCGAGUGAUAGCAGCUCUGAAGAUGCUAGAAGCAAGAGACACCGCCACGGGCGGAAGUCCAAGGCAUCAUCUCAAGUUUUUGAGGAAAAUAUUGCUGCAGUGUCUGCUUUGAAGGAUGCCACGUCACCUCAACAAAAGAGUGGCAUACCAAACAGUCCAGCACAAGAUGUCUCCCCGCUGCAAAAUGGGGAAAACUAUACAAAUGGUGUUAACGAAUCAAAAAUUGAAAGGAAUGCAGCUGUCAUGCCUGUUCUAACUGGCAACCAAAGCAAAUCUAGGAGCCAGAGCAUGAGUGUUAAUCACUCAAUGAGCAAGAGUAUGAGCAUCAGCCCAAGAAGAAGCCCAAUGAAAAGGUCAAUUACCACCACAAAGAGGUCAGUUAGCAGGAGCCCUGUUCACCAUAAUCGCAGUGGAAGUCCUGUCGGUGCUCCCCAAAAAAGCGUGAGCAGGAGUUCAGCCAGAAGGCAGAGCAUCAGCAGGAGCCCUGCUAGGAGCCUCAGCAAGAGCCCACCCAGAGAUGCAAGCAGAAGCCCCCACAUAAGCAGGACUCCUGUUAAAGCUCACAGAAGAAGCAUUAGCAGGAGCUCAGCUAGGUCCAUGGAACAGAGAAGUCUAAGCAGGAGCCUGGAGAGAAUUCAUGUACGAAAAAGUGUCAGCCCAAGACCACCAUUGGCGAAGCCAAAAAGCAUUACCCGAACCCCUGUGACAUCUCCAUUGCGAAGCGUUAGCCGGAGCCCAGCUAGGAUUUCAAGGAGCCCACUUAGGCCUUCUAGGAGAAGCCCUAUGAGAAGUCCACGACGGAACAUUCACAGAAGUCUCAGCAGGAGCCCUGCAAGAAUACUUAGAAGUGUGAGCAGAAGUCCAGUAAGAGGUGGUCGACCUCGCCGGAACAUUAGCAGAAGUCCCAGUCCACUUCGCAGGGCAUUAACACCACCAAACAAUGGAAGGAGCCGAUCUAGGAGUGAUUCUCCUGAUGGGUCACCCAAACGCAUAAGACGUGGACGUGGUUUUACUCAACGCUAUUCAUUUGCAAGACAAUAUCGCUCACCUUCCGCUGAUCGCUUGCAUCGUUAUGGCGGAAGAAAUGACCGUGACAGAUACAUGGGUUACCGGGGUUUUCGCCACCGAUCACCUCCUCGACGUUAUAGGAGCCCCUCUAGAGGCAGAGUGUCAUCGCCAAGCAGGUACAGGAGGAGGAGCCGAAGCGCAUCACGCAGUCCUGUCCACAGAGGAAGGAGAGGUGGGUACAACAAGAGUCCUGUACGGAGCCGUUCACCCCCCGCCAGGAAAAGGUCACCUAGCGAUCGUGCACGGUCAGUUUCUAGGAGCCACCUUUCUAGGUCAGUAUCAAAGUCUCCACCAGUGCAUCAUCCCUCCCCACUUGAUUCUCCAUCUCUGGAGCGUGCAAGUGAUGGGAAAUCUCGGUCCCCAUCACCGUCUGGUGGAGGCAAGAAAGGUUUGGUUUCCUACGGUGAUGGCACUCCUGAUUCAGCUGGGAAGUAGGUUUCCACCGGAUGUAUUGUACUACCUUUGGCCAUUGUCUCUUGAUCGGUCCAGUGUUACGUCACUACUGUAGAGAAGAGAACGGUUUUGGUCCUUGAGGCGCCCCGUGUACUGGUGUUGUCGCUGUAGAAUUGUUACUUAAGUUGUUUGGGAUGAUCGUCGUUGUCCUUAGAUUAUCUUAAGACCUAGUACUCUGAGCUUAGUUUACGCUCAUGCUGAACAUGUAGCAGGGCUUCAGCUUAAUUACCAUUGGUGGAAUUUGGAUGUUAUAAUGUUUGACGCAUAGAGAAUCAUUACAUUAUUUUGAUCUCGGAGCACAAUAACAUGUAUAAUUAAUAAUUAAUUCCUUCUGGAACUAUCCAA